GCUACGUGAUCUGUCCAUCACAUGAGACACAUCAGAUUCUUCAUGCUGGGGAAGCUAACCAGCGGAGGAAAAUGGGAACUAUUGAUUUGUUCUUCCUAGAAAAAAUGCAAGAAUCUGGCAAUGUCACAUGGUUUUCAAAUACACGUCAUGAUCAGAACGGGGAUCCGAUGAGCCCGCAGGAGACCAAGCCAGCCGGGGCCACGGAGCAUCAGAAGGCCCAUAACCCCAAUGUGGAGCCAUCUGCCCCGCCUCUGCCUCCACCCUCACCACCUCCGCCGGGACCACCGGACUACCCCAGGCCCAGGCUCAUCUUCCACACACAGCUGGCACAUGGCAGUCCCACGGGCCGCAUCCAUGGAUUCACCAACGUCAAGGAACUGUACGCCAAGAUAGCAGAGGUCUUCAACAUUUCACCAUCAGAGAUCUUGUUUUGCACUCUCAACUCCCAUAAAGUGGACAUGCAGAAGCUGCUGGGUGGCCAGAUUGGACUAGAAGACUUCAUUUUUGCUCAUGUUCGAGGGGAAACUAAAGAGGUAGAGGUCACUAAAACAGAAGACGCUUUGGGCCUCACCAUCACAGACAACGGAGCGGGCUAUGCGUUUAUCAAGAGAAUAAAGGAAGGCAGCACCAUAGAUCGACUGAAGACUGUGUGCGUAGGAGACCACAUUGAGGCUAUCAAUGACCAGAGCAUUGUGGGCUGUCGACACUAUGAGGUGGCCAAGAUGCUGAAAGAGCAACCCAGAGGAACACCCUUCACCCUACGACUGGUGGAACCCAAGAAGGCUUUUGAUAUGAUCGGCAUGCGAACUAAAGCCCCCAAAUCUAGUGAGGGCAAGAUGGUGAAUGGGAAGGAGACGCUGCGUUUAAGGUCCAAGGGAGCAGCCACAGUUCAGGAAGUGCAGAAUGAGUUUGAGGAGCAGGCUACCAAGAAAGUGGACGACCUGCUGGAGAGCUACAUGGGAAUACGAGACGUGGAGCUGGCUACGACCAUUGUGGAAGCAGGAAAAGACAAGAAAAACCCUGAUGACUUUGCAGAGGCUCUGGACUCCGUGCUGGGUGAUUUCGCGUUUCCAGAUGUGUUCCUGUUUGACGUAUGGGGAGCUAUCGGUGAUGUGAAAAAUGGCAGAAUCUAG